GGAUGGGAGCCCGGCAUCAUGACAACACCACUACGACACUGUACAAUAGGCCCCAGACAUGUAUAUAUAGACCCUACUUACGAUCAUUAAACAGCAUUCAUUUCUACGCAUUCCUACUUGACCACUGCCCUUGACCCCUUGACUCUGCUGCUGUUGCACCUGACCACCAGAAAGCACGACAGCACUUCGACAGUGAGCUGGCUUCGAUCCAAGCCCAAUUGGCCUAACUCACCCGUCCUAUCGACAAGUUCAUGCUCGACACUCUGACCGAUGACCGUUAUGACGACAUGCAAUCAGACGAACUCCUCACCUUCGGCGAUCAGAUGCGCCGUCUCUUACAGAAAGUUAGCCACACAGUCAACGAGACCCGUGUCCAAAAUCUCGAAAGAGCACACGGACUUGGUAUGCUAUCCAAGAAAAGCACACGUCCAGCCAUUGUGGACACCAAUUCGCUCCUGGAACGCAAGAAACUCCUCAACAGCGUCAGGAACAGCCUUCUCUCCAACAAUCGAGGACGUGGAAGGGGUCGGUCCGGCAACAAUCGGAAUAACAACACUCAGCACUCUCAGAGUUACCAAACUUCGGACUCUCAGCAGCCAUAUCAACAGCAGCAGCAGUCAUUCUCCCAACAGCCAGACAACGUUAACCAAAAUUUUCAGCAAGCCCAAGGCAACACAUACAGGGGACGCGGUCGGGGCCGCGGCCGAGGGCAGACAACCAACCCUCAGUAGGUGGACGGCUAUACCUAUACAGUGCCGUUCAAAACUGAGCCAAUGUUUUGCAAAUUUUUACUCUGAGAGCUGGUACUCACAAACAAGUGAUCCGAUUACCUUGGGACUUUGUAUGAAUGUUCUUUGGCCAUUGUAGAAGACGUUUAUAAAAGAUGAAGUCGUUACCAGUAGCCAUUGUAAAUUUAUAGUCGUCAGUAGAGGCCACGUGGUUGGCUCAGUUUUGAACCAUACCCACAAAAUUUCCAUUUUUAUUAAAAAACUC